AUGAUCAUUCCAGCUACUACCAACGGCAUGACUUUCCAGGAAAAGUAUGACUUAUGGAUUCAAGAUCUAGUGACCUCAGCCUCACUUUAUUACUUAUUCGACGGCUACUUAUCACCAACGCAGCUACCAGGAUACGUUAUCGAAACCUCCAUCGUAGACGGGAGAAAGUGUCACUGCAAAGUCCCAGAGACUUUUUCGUCUACAAUUACAACUACAACCUCACCUCAUCCAACUACAACCGGGCCGUCCACAACGACUACAACCGGGCCCUCUACCACGACUACAACCGGGCCCUCUACCACGACUACAACCAGGCCGUCUACCACAACUACGUCAACCUCGACCACAACUACAACAACUCCUCCGAAAACAACUUCUACAACUACAACAACAACACCCACAACAACUUCAACUUCUACAAAAUCGACUACAACACCUACAACAACUUCAACUUCUACAACGUCGACUACAACACCUAAAACGACAUCUACUUCUACAACCUCAUCUACGAAAACGUCUACCUCAACAACUUCAUCUUCGACGACGACGACGAAAACAACACCGACCACAACAACAACAACAACAACAACAUCUACUACUACAACAACCAAAGCAGCAACUACGUCGAGUGAAUGUGGCGUUUCUUGCAACAAGACUAUGAAUUUCGGGAGUACGGGAUACACGGAGCCCUACACGGCAACCUGGACUUCGCCGAACUACCCUUCGAAUUAUCCAGAUGGAUGUUACUGUGUUUUGACGGUUAAUCUCAUUGCUGCGGGUAUGCUGACUUUCCAAAUUGCAGCCGGUGCGAACAUCUACUCGGCUUCCAACUGCGGAAUCGACAAACUUGUAGUCGAAACGGAGACUGAAACCACGCGCUACUGCGACUUGAACCUGGCCGACUUCUCGGACAGCAUGAUCAAGUAUUCCUCCGCUUCCGCCACCCAGACCACCACCUUCACCUUCAUCUCGAGUGCAGCUGACGGCAACAAUACGGCGGUAGGAUUCCAGCUGGAGAUCCUAGUUGAUUUAUGGCCAAUGUACUAAAUAAACUAGUAAGAAAUGGAAGAAAACAACGGACCAUCUUUCGUCAGUGACCGAAAUCCAACGAAAUGUACCUUCUACACUUCUGCACACACACACGCGCGCGCACACACACACACACACACAUAAAAAGAAGCUGUCUUCCUCGUCAAGAGCAACAGACGCGUAAGCCAGUCGACACCAGAGAGCGAGCGAUGACGUCAUCGGGAACCCUCGUCUGCAGAUCAACCACUGAGCGGUGCCCGUUACUUUGAACUCGAAUUUCACUUAGGAUUUUCAACUGGGUUUAAUGCAUCUAUCACAUCUGUAUUGUAUUGUUUUUAUAAAAUAGAACAAUUAAUAACUAUUAAAAGAGGCAUUCAAUGCAAAUAAUAAAAGAAUUCGGUGUUCUUAUGCCAA